AUGGCGACCGCCGCCACGACGGGCAGCGCGCUGAGCAUGAAGCUGCUGGUGGACACCAAGGCGCAGCGCGUGCUGUUCGCGGAGGCGAGCAAGGACGUGGUGGACUUCCUCUUCUCCCUCCUCGCCCUGCCGGUCGGCACCGCCGUGAAGCUGCUCGGGAAGGACUCCAUGGUCGGCUGCGUCGGCAACCUCUACGGGAGCGUGGAGAAGCUGGACGGCACCUACGUCCAGCCCGGCGCGGCCAAGGACGCGCUUCUUCACCCCGUCGUGCUCUGCCCGGGCGCCGCUGGCACCAACAUGCUAAUACCAUCAGGGGCUCCAUGCAGCUGCCGUGAGCCUCCAGCGGAGUGGAGUUUGUUGGGGAAGAAGCAGCAGCAUGCAGAUGGACGUGCAGAGUGCUGGACGCCGCCGGCACUACCCUCCUGGUGGCCGGCAGUGGUGGACGGCUUGCCGGAGGCCACCUCUGGCGGGCAGCCCAAGGCGCUCUACAAGUGCAGCCGCUGCAACAACAGCUUCGUGUCGGAGACUAGCAGCACCAACUGCCCCUCGUGCGGCUACAAGAUGACCACGGCGUUGCGGUUCGUGUCAGGAUCCUGGGGCCAGACGGCUCAGGCGGCGGCCGGCGUCGUCUGUGGGAAAGGGUUCGUGCAGGGCAUCGUGACGUACACGGUGAUGGACGACCUCAGCGUGAACCCCAUGUCAUCCAUCUCCAGCAUCGCGCUGCUCAACGCCUUCGCCGUCAAGGACCUCGGCGCGCUCCAGGAGAAGACCGUGCAGCUCGGCUACAAGGAGGGUCUGGCGAUUCUCAGGGCGUCGCUGCAGUCCAAGACCGUCCUCACCGACGUCUUCCUCGCCAAGACGCAACUCCCAGGCCGCGCUUGAACACCCGGUUGCCUGGUUUGCCAUCGGAACAAAACUAAGUAGUUGUAGAUCUUACCAGAUAGCACUAGCAGCGUAGCUUUAAUUAGGUCGUUGGGGUUUGUGUACGUGAUGCAUGCUUGCAUGUUGUGCAAGUUUCGUUGGCGCUGCCACCUUUACUUAAUGUUUUGUCUAAUGUACUAUAAAUAUGUAAUGUACGCCGGACACCGCGCCU